AUACUGGCAGAAACGGUCUUAAAAUGUCGAUCGCAGUACUGGGUUUAUUGUGCCUUUGUCUGAGCUCAGCCCUGGGCCUACUCAUACCGCAACACUAUUGCGAUAAGAACUUCAGAUAUGCCACAGAGGACGGUGGAAUUACUUACAUAGGUAUUUUCUCGAAACCAACGACACUACCGAGAAAUUUAAAUUUCAACUGGGUGGCGACAUUCGAAAUUCAAGGAAGACGCGAUACUUUUGUGAGCUCGAUGCAAACGUAUCCCAAUAAGAAAGAGGCCGCCGUCAAUCUUUUAAACGGAGAACCGGUUGAGGUUUUUGUGAGGUUCGUCGAUAUAACCACUGAGCUGCCCAAGCUGACCUCAUUAAUACUCAACGGCGAAGAGCUGUGCUCCAAUCCAGGAUAUGCCUAUCCCAAGACCAAGGCAACUGUAGGGCAUCAUAUGUUCAUAAAACUAAAAAAAAACCCGGAAUCCUAUCACGGAAAAACCGCAAUACUCCUAUCAACAGCAACCCCAAAACAAUUGGCAGAGAAACUAUUAGCUUAUUCUACCAACAAUGCAACCAUUUAUACUAACAUACAAAAUAAAUAUAUUUCAAGAGAUUAGAAAAUGGAAAAAAAUAAAUUAUGGAGAGCAAGUAUUCAGCACUUUGCGUUGGGCUAUCAGUACUUAUUCGGACUUAAUCAAGAACGCUUCCCGAAAAUGCUUGUCCGUUGGUUGAUUUUAUUUUCGGUGCUUAGUUUUCUAAGCUCUGCUCAGUAUGUUAAUUAUACCAGUGACAAAUGCGACGAACACUUUCAAUGCGUUUGGGCACACGAUGAAGGUUCGUAUAUAGGCAUUUUUACGGCGCCCAAAAGGAGCAGAUUACUUUUCGAAUGGGACGUAACUUUUGAACUUCCUGGAUACCGACCGAUAUUUCUAAGCUCCCUGAUGCCGUAUCCCAAUGAAGAUAUUUCUGCCUAUAACACCCUACAAGGCAAACCAAACCAGGUUUAUGUAAAGUUCCUGAGUAACGAUCUGCCGAGGCUGACGAGUUUAACUCUAAAUGAUUGGAUACUUUGCAGUGAUGUGGGAUUUGGAAGUCCUGCGACUAGACUUAGUGUCCAAUACAGAAUGGACAAGACCCGAGAGCAGAUGAAACGAUCAUAAAUGAAGAAUUUAAUGAAUCUGAAAUAGUCUUGGCUGAUCAUAAAGCCUACAACAAGUGGUUUUUCUAUUGUAUAUAAUGCUUUGUUUAUCAGCUUUUUAUAUAACUAUUCAGAGCUUAGACUUUUCGAGGCAUAAAGAUUACUCAUAAUAUAAAAUAUUUAUAAAACGCGAUUAAAA